AUGAAAGGAGGGGUAGUAUCCAAGAAGGGAAAGAAAUUAAAGCCGAGGUACAUUGGACCCUUUGAAAUUCUCAAACGAAUUGGAAAAGUGGCUUAUCAGCUGGAUUUACCUCCAAGUAUGAGCAAGAUCCAUAAUGUCUUCCACGUAUCUAUACUUAAGGAAUAUCAUCCUGACCCAAGUCAUGUGAUUCAAUUGGAUAAAGUUGAUGUAGACGAAUCUUUGACAUAUGAAGAGCGACCAGCUAAGAUUUUGGAUCGAGAAAUUAAGGAAUUGAGGAAUAAGCAGAUUGCCUUAGUCAAGGUCUUAUGGAAAAAUCAUGACGUCGAGGAGGCAACUUGGGAGGUAGAGAAGGACAUGAAAGACCAGUACCCAGAGUUAUUCGUCUGA